AUGGUGGCCGACAUGGGAAUGUCAAUGAUGGCGGGAAACUCUGGUUACUUGGAGAUGCAUCCCGAAAGGAAAAUCUCCUUUUUCCAGAACUCUUACAUCGUCGGUAUCACUUUUGCCGCCGGCAUUGGUGGUCUUCUCUUCGGCUAUGAUACUGGUGUGGUGUCAAGGGCCCUUCUGUAUAUUAAAGAGGAUUUUGAAAUCGUCAAGAAUAGUAGCUUCCUUCAGGAAUUAAUUGUUGGCAUGGCCUUGAUUGGUGCAAUUUUCGGUGCAGCCAUUGGUGGUUGGAUUAAUGAUUCUCUGGGACACAAGACCGCCGUGGAGUAUAAAGACUAA